AUGCACCACACCGAGGAGAGCCACGUUCUCAGACCCCAUGAGGAACUCCGCCGCCGACAAGACGUGACUCCAGUGUCUAGCUUCGAAUACACGAAUACCUUCGCCGUUCCCGUACCGACUGCGACUACCAAUGCCACCACAAACCAUCUCGACUUGAACCAUGCACUCAUCGACCGUGAUUUCUUCCCAGCUAACUCCUCUUUCCAGGUUACAUGUAAGAAUUGCUCCACCUUUGGGAGUCUAGAUUUCUUAUUCUCGAACUUUGUGCCCGACGUUAGCGACCGUGGCGAAUUCAUUUUAGGCGAUAUAUUCACGGGCGGAGAGGCCACCGUUGUUGCUAACGGUAUGGGUGCGAUUGUUGACGUUUCCACGGAAAUCUUUGGACCCGAUAUCAAACUUGACUUGUUUGAGGUUCCAUUCUUGUUCGCUGUAAAUGUUAUCUUGGAGGUUCCCUUUGAUAUACCGAUUGACAAUGGCACUAUUACUACGCUUGACAAGUCGUGCCUCAACUUCGAUAAGAAGUCUGGCACAUAUGUGCUUGCGGCAGAGGUUGUCGAGAAUGCGGUGAAGAAGAACCAGACGGAGAAUGCUGAGAGCGGGACGACUGGGCAGGUUAGGAUCGAUCAAGGGAUGUGCUGGAUGGCGUUUAUCGAUGGUCUCUUUGCUUUCAUACUUUGAUAAAUGGGCGCAAACUGUGGUUCUCACGAGUAUUAUGACUAACAGCUAAGGGUGUUCGUGUAAAAACGGGUGCUUUCGGUUCCUUUUAAAAGAGAUUUACGGGAUUUAGUGGAAUGGGAAGCAUGAUAUUUGCCAACAUUCAAGAAGGCAUCUCCACAUAUGUCUCUACUGUUUUUCGGGAGUUAGUUCACUGACAUGGAUCUGGUUUAUGAAUCUAACGGCUAUUCGCAAGUGCCACGGUUGUUUGUAGUAAACCACACAUGAAGUUCAACUUAGCGGUACGCUUAUGCCAGUUCGUACAGG